UUCACUGGACUUAGAAUUACUCAUUUGAAUGAAGAGAACCUAUACAAAAAUAGUCAUGAACGGUUCAUGUUGGUACCAGAUUUGAAUCCCUUCAGUAGUACCUAAUAACAAAAUAUAACCUAUAUUACCCUUAUCUAAAAAAAUUGUCAUGUUCGUAUGUAUUCUGAUAGAUAGGUACGUUAUAACAUGCAUCUUCAAAUCAUCCGCCAGUACUUCUAACCACGUACACUUCUUUUUAAAGUUCCUUUUUGUUUUGGUCAGUAGGGCAGCGUGCAUUAAUCAGAUCAACUUGUGAUUUUUGAGAUAUCCAAUGAACCUGCGCCAAAAUGAAGGCAGGCACGAAGUCGCGGUUUUGCUCGGAACCUACUGCCUAGCUUCGUGGUAGCUUGGUUUGGCGGCUGUCUGUGGGCUGGCUUUGGUCAGACUCAGUGACUCACAGUCACAGAGCUACUUGGAAAUUACGACCAGAUACGUCGUACGUCAGAAGCAUUUGCAAGUAUCUUGCACCUAGCCAUCACUGAGUCUGACCAAAGCCACCACUCAAAUCAAGUUGGUUCCCAGUUGCGUCUGCUUAAGCUAGGUUGGCUUAGUGUCAUUGGCUUCGCAAAAGUGUUUCAACAUGACAAAUGUAACCACACUCUUCUCCAGAUGGAAAAUAACGACUCUUCUGUUGUCAUUGGCUUCUCCAAAGCUAAGCCAAAAAGAUAGAUUUAAUCGAGUAUUGAAAAAUUGUAUUAUAUUGACGGUGAAAUAUUUUUUAUUAGAGGCUAAAUAUAGGUAAACGAUAUUUAACGGUACGAAACGGUUAAAUCAUGAUUUCAGUAAAAAAAAUACUCUAUUGUUUGACUUUUCUGAUAUUUAGAUACACUCAUCCGCAUUUAUCAACAAUAUUAUAAGAUUAGAUUUUUCUUCUUCUUUACAAUGGGAUCGGUAUAAUAAGAUAAGAUUUUUUUUUAAUAUUUUUUGAAUAUAAACAGGUGAAUUUUUGUCACGCUAAGCUUUUUACUUGGGUAGAAUCAAACCCUAUUAUUAGGUGGAGUGAAUUCCAUAUCAUUCAUUUGGCUAUCAAUGACAAAUAGUGAUGGCAAUGAGGCAGGGCGGGGCCACCCACUCUUACGUGUUAUUUGAAAAAAUAUACACGUAAAGUUUACAUUUUAUGAUAAAACGAAAUGAGAAACACUUUAUGAAUAAAAAAUAGUGAUAAUAUAAUGGAUAUUCGAGUCCAAUAAGUUGAAAGAUCGACUCUACCUAGUGGAAGAAAAGUCAAAAUAGGAGAAAAAUGUAUAGAUUUUGUAAGAAAUCGAGAUAGAAGGGGCCAAGAAUGGGGAUGGGACGAGACAAGACAAGGCGGGUCGAAAGUCCAUGUCCCGCCCCACGCUAUUGCGGGUCGGAUAAUACCCACCUUAUUAUGAACCAGUUGGAAUAAUACGCGUGGAGCGGUUUCAAAUUGUCAUCACUAAUGCCAUGGACGUGGUCAAAACAACAUGAAAGAGAGUAGAUAUUUCAAGCCCACAAAGGAGACCCAGACUCCUUCACCUUCACGGAAGGCAGCUUCCAGUUCCAGCCGCCUCUCUCUUUUCUCCUCCAGCCUCUAUAUAAAUGGCGCAGCCCCGAAUCUCAACACAUUCCACACCAAGCUUUCAAAUAAAAAAAAGAUCCCACAACACAAAAACUCCCUCCUCAAAUCUCUCUUUGCAAUCCCAGAUCUCAAUUUUUUCGAAGAAAGUUGUGUAUCUUUCUAUAUCUUUCAAUCAUAAUGGCUCGCUCCAUCUCCAGCGCGAAGCUUCUCUCAGCUGCAGUGACAAGGGCAAUCACCAACGGAAGAGGAUUCUCCACGGCCGCCGCCGCUUCUGCCGGAAAAGCCACGCCGGGGAAUGGAGGGGGUUCUGCUGUAACCGCCGCGACAAGCGGCAUGGUGAAGAGAACAGGGGAAGCGACCAACAAGGUGGUUUCCACCAGCUGGGUUCCGGACCCGCGCACCGGUUUCUACCGACCCGAGAACGUUGCCGAAGAGAUCGACGCCGCGGAGCUCCGUGCUCUGCUCCUGAAGAAACAUUAGAACCAUUCAAAUUCCACGAAAAAACAGAAAGGGAAAAGAGACUGAUACUGUAACGCGCGCCGCCGGGAUCGGUGCUCUGUUAUUUCACCAAAAGACAUCUUUUUUUUAUUUUGGGGUUAGCUUUACGCUCCUCUUUUCUUACAUCGCGGUAGACGAGCAAAAGCUGGGAAAUUUGUUGGCUGUAAGAGACUUCAAGAAUUGAAUCAAUACCAAUACCAAGCCCAAUUCUUUUCAUUUUCUGAAUUUUGGUUCUUCUUUGUGUUUACCUGUCCUCUGUUUUCGAUGGACAGACUUAAGACUGUUUGAACAGGAGGUUUAACCACCUAAGCACCUUUUUUUUCUUGUUAUGAGGCAAUCAGAUAAAGCAUCUUCCCGUUUUUGAAUCAUAUAACCAAUUGACAACAAUAUCUUGAAGGUAUUUUAUGUGGGAUCGGAAAAGUAAAAGCUGACUUCUGUUUCCAGAGUAUUCAAGUAUUUUACUUAAACGCCGGAUAAGGGCAAAUUAGAUUGGAAAAUGGAAAUAUUAGCUCAUUAUUGCAGAAAAGAUUCGGUAGUUAGAAGGAAACAUGUUAGUACCACCCACAGUGACGAAAGAAUCGGAUGUUAUUUGAGGAAGUCAAGGUUUUCAAUGAUAAAACCGAAGCCCAGCUGCCGACAGAAUUCCACGAAAGUCCAGCCCAGCCCAGUUGGCAGAGACCACCCACCCAUAUUUAUGUUAAAUUUGUUGGAUAAUGGGGCUUUAGCCCAUUAAUAAAAUUUCAUUAAAAAA